CUAGACUCUAAGGGCUAUUGAGCAACAUAUCAAAACGACAAAGCUGGGAAACAAUGGUGUCUAGUAGAUAUUCUAUUGCAGUUAAAAACAAUAAGACGCAUAGUAGUCUGAAACAGAGCAUCAAGCCUGAUAGUCUUUGUCCUCUCUUCGGCCAGUGGAUAUCCGAGUAUAGUAAAAAGUUCCACUGUGUAGGGGGCAACGCUGCACCUAUUCUGAUCUGAACUCGUCUAACUUGCUGCUAGUAAUUAUGCGGUCCGCAGGUAUACUUGGGUCUGUAAUAUCCGCACUGGCGUAAGUCUUUGUUAGUAUAUCUGUUAGUCUGUUGGUACAUCUAUCUGUUGCCGAUGACUCUACGGCUGUGUUUGGCUCUGCAUUCCCGGAGUGUUAUACACCCAGGCAGCGCUAUUGCCCAGACUUUUUAAAGGGUACAACGGGAUAAUUUGUUUGGCAGCUGUGGAGUGAGUAUUGUGUUUCAACCAAUGUCUAACAUAUGCCUUUGCUGUGGCAUCAAAAGGUUAGGGUCUAGCUUGGUUUGUGCUACACAAAGAUCGAUCUGGCACAAAAGUGAUUGAUGCCCUGAACAAUAUGUAAGUACACGGCUAAAAUUGAA